CAGCAUCAGGAAGAAUUACGCCAGUAAGAUUCCGUUUAGUCCUGGACUCGUCUCGUUUGCGAACGGUUCGUAACAGGCGUACUUGAUUGAUUCUGUCGAGACUUCCUCACGGAUCAUUGUUUUUCGGACUGUGGAUCGACGACGCAUCAAGCCGAUUGUUGCUGCGGAAUUUGACGAACUGAAUCGAUAACAUCUCAUCAGCAAGAUGUACCAGAAAGGCAGGCCGAAUCAAAGCUACGGCAACGCGCGGAACGUGAAUUCUCAGAUUUCAGGAUCCUGCCCGCAAUCUACUUAUAAUACAAGAGGAAACUAUCAAGCGUCGCAAUCUGCGUCCCAUCAACAACCAAGCAAUUACAAGCAAGGAAAUAUACCACAAAACUUACCCGGCCUCAAAUCGCAGCAGCAACAACAGCAACAGCAGUCAGCGCAAAUAACACCGGCCUCUACACCGACGCGAUCAUUACCGCAAGCAAAACAGCAAGCGACUCCUCAACAACAGGGACAGCAGCAAAUGCAACAAGUGCAACAACAAUCGUCACAACAACAGCAGCAGCCGCCGCCGCCGCAAGCUCCGAUGCCUCAACGAUUGAAGCCGAUCUUGAAGCAAAGCGCAGCACCACCAGUAUCGGUCAAUCCUCCACAACAAACCAAGCCCAUGGCCAAUCAGCCUAGUGUGCCUCCUCCACCUCCUUCGACAACCGCGUCUACUUCUAAUAAUAAAUCCGAUGCUAUGGUUGACGAUAUUGAAAUGACUGAGACUAUGAGUGUCGAGAUGCAGGAGCAACCGAGAUGGCGAAGAAAGACACCUGGAUUUAAAGUGAACAAAAAGUUGAAGCGUCUUCGUAUGAAUCAACGUCUGAGGAAGACUCUGCAGCCUAAGAACGCGAUUAUGGUAUUAAACGAGAUGAAAGCCGGAUGCCAAUUUACAUUCCCCGAGACACCAGGCCACGUGUCAAAUUCGCUUUAUCUCGUUCACGCCGAGCUGGAUGGUAAGACAUACGUCGGACAAGGUUUGUCGAAGCCGCUUGCUCGUCAAGCCGCAGCAGAGAACGCAUUAAAGGCGUUGUUAUUAGAGAAGAUGACAGCGGCAUCAAUGAAAGCACGUAUAGAUGCCGAAUCAGAUGGACAAGCCAAUUCAUCUUCGGACAUCAUCAAGGAAGAAAACAACGAUGAUGUCUCAAUGGAUAUGAAUAAUACCAACGAGGACGAGAUUCCAUGGAGCUCAUUGGCUAGUUUCGCGCUUUAUAAGCUUUUCCUCGAAUGGCACAACCAGGGUACAUCGGUCCCGGUUACACGUCCUGGCUUGCCAGCUGUGAAAGGAGUCAAGAAAGAGGCCGCUGGCUCACCCAGAGCUCCUACCCAGAAAGAGCUACCACCGAAUCCUACGAAUAUACAUCCGGUUAUGUUGCUGAAUCAAAUGAGGCCUGGAUUAACAUACGUGGAAGUCAACCGUCUUGGUAAUCCGCCAAACACAAUGUUCACUCUAUCCGUUGAUGUUAACGGAGCCAAUUAUUCAGGAACAGCUAAAAACAAGAAGGAUGCUAAGAAAGCAGCAGCUAAGGCAGCGUUAUUAGCAUUAUAUGGCUUAUCCUAUCCCGAAGAUACUUCAAAAGAAGCAAUGGUAGAAUAGAGUAAAUGAAACACUCGGUAUUUAAAUAUUAUGUAUUGAUUUUUUAAUUUUUUUUUUUUUAAUAAAACUAUGGAUUAAUAUCACGAUAAUUGUCAGUCUGUUGCACACGAACACUUGUAUUAUUUGCAUGGAAAAUUUAGAAAUUUUUAGAUGUAAUUCUUAUGGCUAAUCGUACUGUAAUUGUAUACUUCCAUCAGGCAGUAUGAAAGACGUGAUCAUAUUUUCUCUCGUCAUGAUAUAACUUAAUCAUUAAAAAUGAUUUUAUUAACCAUGAUAUACUUUACAAUUUGCUGAAAACUGUACAUGUAUGUAAGGAUGGGACAAAACUAUAAUUAAAAAAUGGGAUUACAUGCAACAAAUAAUUAUUUACUGAUAAAAUCGUUUUCAGAAAGAAAUUAAGAUUGAAUAAUCAAGAUAACUACAAAAGAUGUUCCAGAUUACUAUUCUCAAACUUCGCGAGAGUGUAGAACAGUAGUUGAAUUGAAGUGGACAAGAAAGUCCCAAGUCACCAGAUUUUUUAAAAUUAAUAUCUGGAAAAUUAUUGCGAAGAAUAUUGUAAAAAGAUUUGGAACUUCCUUGUUUACCUCAAUCCAUUCUACACUCAUGAAGUUUGAGAGCAAUGUUCUAGGACAUUCUAUACAACUUAAACACACACACACACACAUAUAUAUAUAUAUAUAUAUAUAAUAUAUAUAUAUAUAU